AUGGAAGUUGAGUGUGGGGUAGUGCGCCGAUCGUGGGGUGAGGCGUGGAGCGUGGGCUUGUGCGUGGGAGUUGAGCGUGGGGUUGUGCGUGGGGCGUGGGGGCUGAGCAUGGGGCUGUGCGUGGGGCGUAGGAUGGCACCAAACAAAACCAUUAUUAAUGAUUUUAAUGGCCGUGUUUCAUGGAAAUCCACUAGCCCCAGCUUGACAAAGAUAAAGGAGAGAAAAAUCAGCUCAAAUUCGAAGGAGAUAAGAUUCUUGGUCAAUGGUAAGGAGGUCUGCUGGGGUAUGAAGGAUUAUGCAUUGGUGACAGGCCUCAACUUUGGCAGAUUUCCUUUAGUGGAGGAGAAGAAGGUUGAAGAAUGUUCACCCUUUGUCCUCAAAUAUUUUAAGGGUAAAAAUGAUGUUAGACUGAAAGAGCUUGAAGAUAUUUUCGUCGGAUGCUCUGAUAAGGAGGAUUCAUGGAAGAUGGGGCUCAUAUUUCUCAUUUACCAAGCAACCCUACAGGGUAUUGACAAAGAUAUAAAACACCUUCGUGGGUUAUAUCUCGCCAAGAAGAAAACCUGGGAAAAGAAAAGCAUAUGUGAUGUCGCUUAUACUUUACAUGGGUUCGCACUAGCAUUCCAAGUGUGGACCUAUGAGCUUAUCAAUACAUUCGUCCCCAAAGUUGCUGAAAAGACACUGGAAGAUGAUCCUACAAGCCCAAGGAUAGUGUUCUAUAAAUCUUUUAGGAGUUAUACCCUACUAGAGUAUCCACAGCCAUCCAGAAAUGCAAUGUUCGAAGAAAAAUUGAUGAGUCUACGGAGGAGAAGCGGAAAGGAGAAGACGAAGAGGAAGAAUAAUGAUGUUGCACUUGAUAAUGAGAAGAGGACGACGAAGAGGAAGAAUGAUGAUGUUGAUAAUGAGAAUAGGACGAAGAGGAAGAAUGAUGAGGUGAUGAACUCUAAGAGGAAGAAUGACGAGGAGAUGAAGAAGAGUAAGCAGGAUGAUGUUGAUGAGAUUAAGAUAAAGAUGAAUGAGAGGAAGGAGAGGCGAGAGAGGAUGACGAACUUGGCCAAGAAGAGGAAGGCUGAUGAGUUGGCCGAGAAGAGAGAGGUGGAAAAGGAGGAGGAGGAAGACGAGGAUGAUGAUUCGCCCUCCACGCCACAAGUAUCUCGCAAAUUGAAUUUUGAUCACCCAGAGGAGAAGAAUGAUGAUUCGCUUCCUACGCCGCCCCAAUCCUCUCGCAAAUUGAAGGAGGUUGAGGUGGAGGCUGAGAAGGAGGUGGAGGUGGAGGUGGAGGCGGAGAAGAAUAAGGAGGCUGAGGUGGAGGCGGAGAAGAAUAAAGAGGCUGAGGUGGAGGUGGAGGCUGAGAAGAAGGUGGAGGAAGAGAAGGAGAAGAAUGUGGAGGUGGAGACUGAGAAUGAGGAGAAGGUGGAGAUGGAGAAGAAGGUGGAGGAGAUAGAUGUAAUCAUUUACAUAAUAAAACGAAGGGUUGCGCUGUUUCCUAAGACAUAUCCAAAGAAUUUCUCAAUUGCUGACUCUCAUCUCUCUUAG